UAGCGUACCGUAAUCAAGUCAUCCUUGAAAUUAACUGGAAAGUGAGUGUUUCAUAAAGUUCAGUUAAUCUAGUGAGCGGUAAUUUCCCGUUUUGUAAAAUAGUUAAAAUGAGAGCUGCCAUCGCCAUUCUAGCAUUCUGUCUCCUAGGACAAAAAGCACAUGGUUGGGGAGGACUUUUUAACAGAUUCUCUCCAGAAAUGUUGGCUAACAUGGGAUACGGGGGCCAUGGUGGUGGAUUCAUAUCAAGGAAUGGCGAAGGGGACGAAGGCAUUAUGGAGGAGUUUGUGAGUGAAAAUAGCGAGGACGAACCCUGUUAUGGAAGGCGGUGCACAGCCAAUGAACAUUGCUGCCCGGGGUCCGUCUGUGUUGACGUCGACGGAGUAAUGGGCUCCUGUUUGUUUGCCUACGGUCGCCGUGUGGGUGAGCUCUGCCGGCGGGACAGUGAUUGCGAAUCGGGCUUGGUGUGUGCCGAGGCGGAUGGUGGUGUGUCCACAAGGGUGUGCCGACCGCCCGUGCAUCAAGACAAGCAGUACUCCGAACCAUGCAACAUGUCCAGCGAGUGCGACAUCUCCAGGGGGCUGUGCUGCCAGCUACAGAGGCGCCACCGACAGGCUCCACGCAAGAGGAACAGCGUCGAAAAAGACGAAAAGUUACUAAACAACAUAGAACAUAAGAACCUGAAGAAGGUAAUAGAAAGACAAACAAAAGGACUGACAUUAAGAUUGAAAAUUUUAAAGACUAACUCAAAUGAAGAAAAGAUGAGCCAACAUAUUAAUUGA